AUGCCACGAUGUCCUCCCUCUCUUGCAACGACCCGCCGACCACAAGAUUCGCGCGACCACAAGAUCCCUACCGUUCAAGCCACUGAGAACACCCUCGUGGGCAUUCUCUUCCAGAAGGCGAAGGCGAAAGAGCCGUCGCCGAACUCGUUCUCCCCCGAUGCAGCGUUGCUGCAAGUAGCAGCGCGCCCGCCGCCCGCUCCGAAGGCCGAGCGGCGCAAGCCUACGGUCAAGCCGACCAAGGCUGCCAUCACAGUCACCAAUGGCGUGCGCGCGAUGUUCGCGAUCAAGAACUCGAACAUCGAGGACAUGUGUGGGUGCGGAGAGUCGUUCAGUGUCGGCUCGUGAGCUGCCCGCGCUGAGCCUGAGGUGUACGGAUGAUGCCUGCGCGCACCGUACGUUUUGCUGUACUGCUGUGUGCUUACGGUGCCUCCACGUCUCACGUCUCGGCACCCGGAGGUCAUGCCAACAUUCUCGCUCGACCCUCGACGUUCGUCGACGUCAUCUUCGGUGAACUCAUUUGCGCUGACUGUGUACUCAUCUCCCUAUAACUCACGCGCUCAAGCUUAGUUCAGUACGGUCCCAUUAUCGACGAAAACUUGAUACGUAGAACAAUCGAAUGUCUGUCUUGAGCACACAACACUGGCUGUCUAGUUCUU